AUGCUUCUCUCUCUUUUCCUGAGCGUCCAGGCGCUCGCGGCGCAUGUGAGACUGGACCAGAUCCCCGUCCAAGGCUUUCCAGACGUGCCCUCUGCGCUCGCUCAAAAAUACCAGGACACCAAAAUCAAGUUUCUCGAGGACUACUAUAAGGUAGACCAGGAGAACGCUCUCGUUUUUGCCGACGACAUCGAGCUUCCCAAAGACCUGGCCUACCUUGCCUCCCAGCAGGUCAAGUACAGAGAUCCAGACGACACGUCCGACCUGUAUCCGGGCAGAAGCGACAGAUACAACGGCAUCUCGCAGGCAGGUUACCUGACCUACGGACACCUUCCGAUGGAGACGCACUGCUUCGACCCUGAGAAGCUGGCCGAGCUGGAACUCGACAUUGCGGUUCUUGGAGCUCCCUUCGACACGGGAAUCUCGUACAAGCCGGGCUCGCGCUUCGGACCAGACGCUAUCAGACAGGGCACGAGAAAGUUUGCUCCGGCGUACUCUCCGUACAGAGCAGGCUUCAAUGUCUGGAACAACUGGGCCAAAAUCGUGGACUGCGGCAACGUUCCGAUGACGCCGUUGGACAACAGAGUCGCUCUCGACCAGCUGUACCGGUCCGAAAGAGCUCUUCUGAACCACUCCACCACCAAAGCGAAUCCUGGAAAAUACCCCCGGUUCCUGACGCUCGGCGGCGACCACACCAUCAGCUAUUCGGGCAUCCGUGCUGCACACGAGAAAUUCGGCAAAGUCAGCGUUCUGCAUUUCGAUGCCCAUCUCGACACCGUCAAUCCGUACUACAUGAACCCGAACGUCACCGAGUAUGCUGCGCUCAACCACGGCACGUAUCUGUACUGGGCCCACAGAAAAGGGUGGACUGCUGAUAACAACAUCCACGCCGGGCUGAGAGGAUGGUACGAGGACAGAGGAGACGCUGGCCGCGACCGCUCGGAGUCGAAGUUCGCCAAGAUCAUGGCCAGAGACGUGGACAAAAUAGGGGUCCAGGGCAUAAUUGACAAAAUUAAGGAGAGACUGGGCAACUCGCCGGUGUACAUCAGCUUUGACAUUGACGUUCUGGACCCUCCGUCCGCCCCUGGCACCGGAUCCCUUGAGCCAGGCGGAUGGUCUUCCAGAGAGCUACUGGAGAUUAUCGACGGUUUGGCCGGCCUGUAUGUGGUCGGCGCCGACGUGACGGAGGUUUCUCCGUGGGGCGACUCCACCAACGAUGUUACCUCCAUUAUGGCCGGAGAGGUGGCCCGGUCGAUUCUGGGACUGAUGGUUCUCACCCCGGAAUUGAGGGAGUAG